AUGGAUACCCCUCGCUAUGUAUUCGGUGCCCAAGGAUUUGGUAUCGCUUGGAUAGCUGAUAAUGUCGACCAUUUGAUGAAGAGUCUCACGGAGGCUGGAAUCAAUCAAUUCGAUACGGCUGCCCUGUAUCCCGCCACUAACCCCGGUGAAUCAGAGGAACUUCUCGGUAAAAAGAAGCCAGAGAACGCGAUCAUCGACACGAAGGUUUUAUUCAUUGGCGAUGACUCUUUGUCCUUCAAGAACAUGGGGGACUCUAUUAAGGGCAGUUUGGAGCGAUUGCAGGUCAAGAAAAUCCACACACUCUACGCCCAUGCCCCGGACCGCAAGGUCCCGAUUCCUCUACAAGCCGCACACUUCGACCAUUACUAUCGUCAAGGGUACUUUGACAGGUUGGGUCUCUCCAACUACAGUCCAUCUGCGAUCCGUGCCUGGAUGGAAAUCGCCGUCGAGGAAAACCUGAUUAUGCCUUCAGUUUACCAAGGCCAAUACAAUGUCUUCUGCCGAGGCUACGAGGACGAGCUUUUCCCAGUACUACGUGAGUUCGGCAUUGACUUUGAGGCAACCUCGCCAUUGGCCGGUGGAUUCCUCACCGGAAAGCUCUCCUAUUCUCCAUCACCUGAACAGUUGGAGGGUACCCGUUUUGAGGUCGGAGAGGGUAAUAUGCUCGGUGCAGUUUACCGCAUGUGGUACGAUCAGCCCCUGUAUCACCAGGCUAUGCGGACCUUGGACAAUAUUGGUAACAAUCUGGGGACUACGGGCGCCCAAUGCGCCCUACGCUGGUUGCUUUUCCAUUCCAACCUCAAGGAUCCCGACCGAAUUGUCAUCGGACCAAGCACUCUGAAGCAGCUUCAAGACUAUGUUGAUGCCCGGAAGGCCGGACCGCUUCCAGCCAACGCAGCAGGCGAGAUUAGUGCACUUUGGCCGUCUCUGAAGGGAGUUGCGGCGACGAUCAUUGAGAAGGGAUGGUGGUCCCUGUGA